CUGCAAGGCAUUCGGAUCGAUGGGUAGGGGAUUAUAGAGCAGACAGAGGAGGAGAAAGAGACAGAGAGAGUGACAGAGAUUUGGUGUGAAUCUUCGAUUUCGGAGUGGGAGUGGGGUAAUGAAAUUAUCAUUUUCCCUGCUUGAUUCCACAUCCAACGGCCACAAGUUGUGGGCAUUUCUGUAAUUCGCGCUUAGGAGGUUUGUUCCGUCGGUCUCAAUCAGAGUAGGUUGAGGGCAGUUCGCAAAGUGACAGAGGGUGGGGGAGGGGAUUUUCGGCGAUUUCCGUCUGGCAUGGGUUUAAGGGAGAAAGAAUAAGGGAGAAGUAUGGGGGUAGGCUGAUUUCUAGGAAUUUCUUUUCACCCCAAAUUCAAAAUCUCUGUAAAUCCUUUUCACCCAGCUGAUCGAUUAUUCCAUCCGGCUCUCUUCUUCACUGCAAGAAGUUGCCAGAAAAGUAAGUCCAAAUCGUGAUGCAUAAUUUACUUUCAUGUACUCAAUCGAGCACUGCUGAUAUCCUUCCCCUGUUUUUGUCAAUUGUUUUAUGCUGUAACAUACAUGAAUGAUUUGGAACGGUUAGAGAGGGAAAGGAACAUAAGGCUGGAUCAAGAAAUUGAUGCAUUUAUGAAGAGUUUGCAAUUGGGGUGUGUAUACACGUGUUCUGUAUGCUGUCUUGAAACAUGUGAUCAUGUUUACCUUUUUGAUAAGGACUAUGAUGAUGCAAAAGAUAUCUACGGGAAAUCCAUGCGUUGCAAAUUCCCAUAUGAUCAGAGAGGUCAACUUAUCUUGGAGUCAAUGCUUGGAUAAAUAGUACAAGACACGUGCAUGAGGCAGCACAGAGGAAAAUCCUUCCAGCUUCUUCCAUGCUCUGGGUUCGCAACCUCUGCCGCUUCCAGCUCCGAACUCGGGUCUGAAGGCCUCAUGGGUGGGUAUAUUCGCUCACACUUCUCUCUCUUAUUUCCCUGCUAAUCAUUCCAAAUUUCAUUUUUUGUGUCGAAUUUUAAAUUUUGAAAUCAGGGUAGAUUACAACCAUGUGUUACAUAUUUGGGAUUUUGAGUACAUAUAGUAUUUCUAUGUUUUCCCUCUUUGUUUUAGAGAUAAUCAACUGUUAUUAAGCAGUAUUUGAACUUCCUUUAAAACUAAUGAAUCAAGUGAUAGCGAGAUAAGCUAAUCGAAACAGCACAAAUAUGAAGGAAAACAGGUUCUUCUUUCUUAAGGUUUCAAACUUUUUCAAGUUUGGAGGCUUAUGUCAAUCUCUAACAAUUGUUCGAAUUGUUGUAUCUCUUACAUGGCCGGUCCCAAGCCCGGAUAAAGGAGGAGGGGGAGGGCGUCAGGUAGUCGACAGCCGGCACUCCAUGAUCACGUCGAAUCCUUAUGAAAAUGUUGUAUCCAAGUAUGCAUUAUACAUUCAAUUGAGCCAAUGAAGCAUGUGUGCCAAUGAAUUUUGAAGAGUUCAGCUUGGUUUUCUCUCUUUGGUCUUUAAUAUUUAAGUGUGAGGCAUCUGUUUGUUGACUAAUUGAGUCCCUUCUCUAAGUUUUUAGUGGAUAUUGUGUAAUUUGCUUUUAUGAGCACUUUUUUAAGCUGUCAUGUUCCCAAAAUGUACAAAGAGAUAUCAAGUUUAACAAGUCACGAACUGUGAUCAAUCCAAAUGCAGUGAAAUUAGGGAUUUUACACUUAAAAACUCAGUUAGCUUUAGACCAUAUAUAGGAUUAGCAUUUUGUACAUGUGAGUAUCAUUGACUUGCUCAUUUUAUUUUUCUGGAUAGAAACAAACUGUCAUUGAAGGGAGAAGAAAGUGUGCAAAAACAAAGUUUAUGUAAGCUUGCACUCAUAUGCCUAAUAUUUUAAUUUCUUUUCU